AUGGCAGCCCCAAUGGACGAGCGCAUAAGUGUUCCCAUAGACGAUCCAAACGCAGACACAGAAUGGAAUGAAAUCCUCCGCAAACACGGCGUGAUCCCUGAGAAACCCCCCUCCCCCACCCCCCUCAUCGAAGAAGCAAUCCUCGAGGGCCGCCGCCUCGCCCACGAAAAUCGUCUAGAAGGCAAAGACCUCGACGAACUCGACGCGCUCGAAGAUUUAGAAGAUGAGAACUUCUUGGAACAAUAUCGCCAGCAGCGAGUCUCAGAACUUGCAGCCUUGACGAAGAAGGCGGUGCAUGGAGCUGUGUAUCCGCUUUCCAAGCCGGAUUAUUCGCGCGAGGUCACGGAUGCGAGUGCCAGUGGACCGGUGCUGGUAAAUUUAACUAGCGGCCUAGGCACGAAUGUUGAGAGUAGGGUGCUUACUGAGCUUUGGAGGCAAGCGGCCGGGGAAUUCGGGGAGAAAUUGUCCUACGAUUUUGGUUUACAUAAUGGGGAUAUUGUGAAGCAGGUUGUGACGCUGAUGACGCUUGGGGGGGUCCGAAUUGGGAUGAAAGAGAUUGAUAAGUUGUUGAUUGAGGUGGGCGCUAUUAAAGAUAAUGACAUGAGGGUUAUGAGAAGGAGAAAAGAUGCGGAGGAUGAGGAGGAAGAGAAGAGGGAGAAGGGUGGAAUAAGGGGUUCUAAGCAGGCGACUGCAGAGGACGAUGAUGAUGAUUGGGAUUAG